CUAUAAUAUUUGUAUUCAUCAGUAAUGAAUACUUUACUAUAAUAAAAAUUUGUUUUAUGUAUUCUACGAAAUAAAUUAAUUUUGUACUUCGCAAUGCGAAGUUUAUGUGAUAUUAUUAAAACAUGGGUUUUUUGGAGGAUACAUUCGUGAUUCUUAUCACACAGGUGGAAAUUUAUUUCCACUAAUAAAAAUAGGUUAUUGCCGGUAUUCGUAGAUGUUACACAAUUAGAUUAUCUUCUUCUUAGGAGGAUGGGUAUUUUUUGUAAAAAAAUUAUUUCGAGACUAUGAAGUCCAUCAUCGAUUAGUACAACUAAUUUUUUCUACUACAUUUUCAUUAUCUUGUACCAUGUUUGAACUAAUUAUUUUUGAAAUAAUUGGAGUUCUUGAUUCUAGUUCUAGAUAUUUUCAUUGGAAUGUUGGUCUGUACAUGCUUUUAUUUAUGGUGAUUGUUUUAAUUCCAUUUUACAUAGCAUAUUUUAUUAUUAGCAAUAUUAGAUUUGUAAGAUUGAAAUUAAUAAGACCAUUAACAGUCAUUGUGUAUUUUUUUUAUCUUUACUUAUUUUGGAAAGUGGGAGAUCCUUUUCCAAUUUUAAGUCCAAAAAAGGGUUUAUUGUCCAUUGAACAAGGUGUUAGUAGAAUAGGAGUUAUUGGUGUCACUGUUAUGGCAUUAUUAUCAGGAUUUGGUGCUGUAAAUUAUCCAUAUACCUCAAUGGCUUACUUUAUGCGACCUGUAACAUAUGCUGAUGUACAGGCUAUAGAGAAACGAUUGUUACAAACAAUGGAUAUGAUUGUUGCUAAAAAGAAAAGAAUAGCAUUAGCUAAGAAAGGAGAAGUUGUAGGACAAACUGAAGCUCGGUCUCGACUUUGGGGGAUGUUUGGUCCUUUAAGUGGAAAUAAAAGUAAUCAAGAAAGUAUUAAACAAUUACAAACUGAAGUAAUAGCAUUAGAAGAAUUAUCUCGUCAAUUAUUUUUAGAAGCACAUGAUAUUCAAAAUGCAAGAGAACGUUUGGAAUGGGCUGCUACUUGGCAAGGAAAAUAUUUUAAUGUUUUAGGAUAUUUUUUUUCUGUAUAUUGUACUUGGAAAAUAUUCAUUUCAACAAUUAAUAUUGUUUUCGACCGCGUGGGAAAAAAGGAUCCCGUAACUAGAGCAAUUGAAAUUGCAGUACAUUGGAUUGGUUUUGAUAUUGAUGUUACAUUUUGGUCUCAACAUAUUUCUUUUUAUCUCGUUGGUUGUAUUGUAUUAACAUCAAUUCGCGGUUUAUUAUUAACACUUACAAAAUUUUUUUAUGCUAUAUCAAGUAGCAAAUCUUCAAAUAUUAUUGUACUUAUACUUGCUCAAAUAAUGGGCAUGUAUUUUGUAUCAUCUGUACUUCUAAUGCGGAUGAACAUGCCUGCAGAAUAUCGGAUUAUAAUAACUCAAGUUUUAGGAGAAUUGCAAUUUAAUUUUUAUCAUAGAUGGUUUGACGUUAUAUUUUUAGUAUCCGCAUUAUCAUCAAUAGUAUUUUUAUAUUUAGCUCACAAACAAGCACCUACAGAACGUAUUUAAUCUAAUAAAACAUUUUUUUUAAUGAAAUCAAGAAA